UAAUGAUAAUGUAGCAAUACGAAUGUCAGUCAGUAAAUUGGUAUAGAUUAAACAGUGCAUUGUAAAUAUAAAUUCUCAGUGUCAAAUGUAUUUUUUAACCAUUUUUCAUAAUGUAAAUAUUUAUUAUUUUAGGCAUAAAUCGUAAUUAAUUGUUAUUAUUUUACGUAAAUUUUGUUUUAAUUUUAUCAUAGUUUCUUCUAUUGAAAUAGUGUAUUUCGGUGUAUCUGGAACGAAUAACUCUCUUGAAAAAUCUAAAAAAUUUUAUAGAAAAUGUUCACGUGAAAAUGAAACGUUAUUUGUAUAUAAUUACAAUUUUAUAAAUUAAAACACUAAGGUAGGGUUAGGAUAGGUUCCGGUUCGGCCAGAACAGUAUCAAUUUUAAGUAUAGUGUCAUAAAUUCUUGAUGAUGUGUUUCGAGACAGCCAAUUGUCCCGGAAUGAGACUUUAAUAAUGAUAAAAAGAAACUUAAAAUAUCGGGGAGAGCUGAGAUCACACCUAAGCGACCUCAUAAAUAUGCUUCUACAUCAGAAUUUCAAUUACAACUAGAAUUUCUAUCCCGAGAAGGGGACGUGUGAUCAUCAUGAAUCAAAAUAUAGAAUCUAAAUUUUUCAAUUAUGCCGAGGAAAAUGACGGAGAAACCGAUAAUUAUGUUACAUGUCCAUUAUUGCAACUAAAAUAUGCUAGACCAAGAAAACCAAUUACUAGUCGUUUAGGACAAAAAGGUAGAUCUUUAAAACAUAUUUCUGAUAAUAGAACUUUAUUUGAAAAUAAAACAGCUGAAGCAGAUUUAGGAAGUUCAUUUCAAGUACACACACCUGAAAAUUUAGUUCAUGGGCUUGAAAAACUUGAUUUAGUUCAUGAUACUCCUUUUAUCCGCCCUGCAAUAAAAACUCAAAAUGAUAGUGGUAUAGAAACUCCUAGUGAUACAUUAACCAACUUGUAUAAAAUUAAUAUUCACAGCUCUAAUACUAAACCCAAUUGUUCACUGAGUACUAAAAGAAUAUUAUACAGCAAUAAAGAAAAUAUACCAGAACAAGUUGAAGAAGUAAAAACACCAGAAUCUCAAAAAUGUUCUUAUAGUAAUACUAGUAUAAUAUCUUGUUCACAAACUGUAAUAGAAAAUUUAAAUGAAAUUGCAAAUCACUCUUCAAUCAGUCAGAAAGAUGAGACGUGUUUUGUUUCACCUGAAACAUCAAGAUACAACUAUGAUACUAGUUUAUAUCACAGUAUUAGAGAGACAACUGCUGUUCCAUACUCAUCACAUUUAUGUAUGUCUACAAAGAAAUCUGCUGACUCAGAAUUUGAUUCUUCUUUAUUGAAUAAACAGUUAGAAUGUCAACCUUUAGACAUAAAACCAAAUCAUACUACUUUGGAAUUGUCUCCUGCUGCUAAACGUAACAAUUUUGUAAUUCGUGCUCGAUCACCUAUUCACCCUACUACAAUUGGAUUUGUUCAAGAUGGAGAAUUUAAACGACCAGUUAAUUCUUCUGGAAACGUAUGUGUUAAAUGUGCCAAUGAAAAUUAUAUAUCUGUUAAAGGAGUUAAUUAUAGUAUACUAAAUACACUUGGUCAUGGUGGAUCAAGUAUUGUGUAUGAGGUUUUACAUCCUCACACUAACCAUGUAGUUGCAAUUAAAAAAGUAGAUUUGUCUGAAGUUGAAGACAUUAUAGCUGAAGGUUAUUUAAACGAAGUUACUUUGUUACAAAGUCUACAAGAUAGUGAAAGUGUAAUACGUCUUUUCGACAGUCAAUAUACUACAAAAGAAAAAAUACUAUAUAUGGUUAUGGAAAAAGGUGAUACAGAUCUUUCUAAACUCAUCCGCAAUACAAAGCACAUGUCAAUACACAUGAUUAUGUACUAUUGGUCAGAAAUGUUAUUUAUUGUUAAUGAAAUUCAUGCAAAAGGUGUCAUACAUUCAGAUCUUAAACCAGCAAAUUUCCUUUUAGUCAAUGGUCGUUUAAAAUUGAUUGAUUUUGGUAUAGCAUCAAAAAUACAAGGAGAUAUGACAAGUGUAUUGAAGGAUGUGACUACUGGAACUUGGAAUUACAUGAGCCCAGAAUGUAUAAGAAGUGGAGGUUUAAAUUUCCAAGGGCAUAAAAUAAACCAAAAAUCAGAUGUAUGGUCACUUGGAUGUAUAUUGUAUAGCCUGGUUUACGGGAAGACUCCAUAUUCACAUUUGACAAAUACUUGGCAAAAAUUGCAAGCUAUUGCUGAAUCUAAACAAAAUAUUAGUUUUCCAAGUCAUAGUAAAAUAUUUACUAAUGGUAUACCACCUGUACUUAUGCAAACAAUGGAAUUAUGUUUGAUAAAAGAUGUUAAAUCCAGACCUAAUGUAGUGGAUUUGUUGAGGCUUAUUGAAAAUACAGUAUUCAAACCUAUCACCUAAAAA